UUUAAGAUUAAAAGAUUGCGCGAUAAUGUCAGUCAUAUUUUAAUAGUAAUUAUUAUUAAAUGGUCACUUCAGACAAACGGGGCGAAGGGGCAGAGGACUGAGCGUCUCAAACUAUCACAAUGUGUGUGGACGUCCCUGUUUUGUGCCGUUUUAGUGUCCACUCCUUCCUUUUCAUCUGCGUCUUUUCAGUCGACGUCUGAAUCAGCUACAAACGGACACAGGCCAGCUACACCACCACAACACACAUACGCGUACAUUUCUUUACAGCAGUGUAAAAAUGGACUAACAGACAUAUUUAGUCCGCACUUUGAACGCUCUCUGCUAACGGGGAGCUGGUAGAAGAAGAUGACCCUUUUCUCUUCGCUUGAGGAGGCUUUGCUGCUGUGUGGGGGAGUGGGUUACAUCCUGUGGCGUUUCCUGUGUUUGUAAACUAGACGGUCUUGGAAACGUCGGGCGAGUGAAGCUCAAAAGUUUUAAUGCUAGAUGAGUGAGGUGGGUGUGGCUUCCCACCAGCCCGACCAUCCUGACUGACGGAUCUCUGGAUGACCUUGUCCCCACCCCUGUCCCUGCGCUCACAUACACCACAGCAAUGUCACAUCUGCCCAGCAGCUCAGUCCGCGACCAUAUGAAAUGGGCGGGGCUGCUUGGCUGCGAGGCUGUCCUCUCCAGCAUGGCCCUGAUGCAGGCCAGCUCCAUGGCUGCUCCGCCCAAAAAAAUGAUGGCUCCACUUGGCCAUGGACCACCGCAGAGAGAGGGACCUGACCGUGCUCCCCAGAGCCAUAUGAUCCUCCCGUCUGGAAUGAGCUGUCCACCCCUGCUUAUCCGGAAGGAAGGUGAUUUCCAAGCUCCCCGCCUGCUGGAUGAGAAGGACAUGAGGGCCAACGAGGACAUGCAGCAGAAAAAAAAGAACAGGAAAUCAGUAACGCCCUGCAAAGUGAGAGAACAAGAAGGAAGGGGAGGGAAGGGCACAGGUGGAGAUGAGAAUGGUCCCUCAUCCAAAGUGCAGAAAAACUUUAUUUGUGAUCACUGUUAUGGAGCAUUUAGGAGCGGAUACCACCUGAAGAGACAUAUCCUCAUUCAUACAGGGGAGAAGCCGUAUGCUUGUGCCGUAUGUGACAUGAGGUUUAUUCAGCGUUACCACCUGGAGAGACACAGCCUCAUUCACACGGGGGUGAAGCCGUACGCUUGUUCCAUGUGUGACAUGCGGUUUUUCCAGCGUUACCACCUGGAGAGACACAGACUCACUCAUACGGGGGUGAAGCCGUACGCUUGCUCCAUGUGUGACAUGAGGUUCUUCCAACGUUACCAUCUGGCAAGACACAGCCUCACUCAUACUGGGGUGAAGCCAUACGCUUGCUCCAUGUGUGACAUGAGAUUUUUCCAGAGAUACCACUUGGCGAGACACAGCCUCACUCACACGGGGGUGAAGCCAUAUGCUUGCUCCAUGUGUGACAUGAGAUUUUUCCAGAGAUACCACCUGGCAAGACACACUCUCACCCAUACGGGGGUGAAGCCAUACGCUUGCUCCAUGUGUGACAUGAGGUUCUUCCAGCGUUACCAUUUGGCAAGACACAGCCUCACUCAUACUGGGGUGAAGCCAUAUGCUUGUACCAUGUGUGACAUGCGCUUUAUACAACGUUACCAACUGGAGAGACACAGUCUCACUCAUACGGGGGUGAAGCCGUACGCUUGCACCAUGUGUGACAAGAGGUUUUUUCAGCGCUACCACCUGGCGAGACACAGCCUCACUCAUAUGGGUGUGAAACCUUAUGCUUGCACCAUGUGUGACAUGAAGUUUUUUCAGCGUUACCACCUGGCGAGACACAGCCUCACUCAUACGGGUGUGAAACCUUAUGCUUGCACCAUGUGUGACAAGAGGUUUUUUCAGCGCUACCACCUGGCGAGACACAGCCUCACUCAUAUGGGUGUGAAACCUUUUGCUUGUACCAUGUGUGACAUGAGGUUUGUUCAGCGUUACCACCUGGCGAGACACAGCCUCACUCAUACGGGUGUGAAACCUUAUGCUUGCACCAUGUGUGACAAGAGGUUUUUUCAGCGCUACCACCUGGCAAGACACAGCCUCACUCAUAUGGGUGUGAAACCUUUUGCUUGUACCAUGUGUGACAUGCGGUUUGUUCAGCGUUACCACCUGGCGAGACACAGCCUCACUCAUACGGGGGUGAAGCCGUAUGCUUGUUCCAUGUGUGACAUGAGGUUUAUUCAGCGUAACCACCUGGAGAGACACAGCCUCACUCAUACGGGAGAGAAGCCAUUUGCUUGUGACAUGUGUGAUAUGAGGUUUAUCCAGCGCUACCACCUUGAGAGACACAAGCGUGUCCAUAGUGGGGAGAAGCCUUACCAGUGUGAACGGUGCCAGCAGAACUUUUCACGGACAGACCGGCUGUUGCGGCAUCGGCGGUUGUGCCAGGGUCGCGGCGUAGCCAAAGUAGAGAACCAGCCAUGCUGCGAACCACGCCCAUACCCCCAAGAACCCCCACCUGCACCCCCAACCUGGAGUCCCCUGCACCCCCCUCCAGGCCGACUGGCGGUCUGACAUUCCAUCUUUCCUACAUCCACAACACCGCCAGAAACGGGACAAGCCACAGGGUUUCUUCUUCUUCUCAACUCUGUGCUGAGUGACGCCACACUCUAGCACAGACUGACCUUGCAGCUCCAGUCUUGGGAUUACUAAUGACAGAGGGACAUUUGUGUUUUCGUUCCGUUGACUUUUUACUGUGUUUCCUUUUCUCCCCCCAUUUUUUUAAAAGACGAGACUUUUCUGUGAUGAACAGUGGUCCUGUUUUGUACUUAAUCUAUUUGAUUUUUGCAAAAGAAAAAAAAAGUUUUUAUUGUUGUUCAAAUAUAUCUGCAUUUCGUGGUACUCGGGAAGGGCUGUGGGUAUUGUUUAUCCUCACAUGUUAGCAACAAAAUGGGAUGAAGUGGUGAGGAAACGUAUUUGAGCUUCUGUGUAAUUUUUCCUCAUGUGGCCCAUUUUGACUCAGAAAGGUCGUCACUUAGGUCCUCGUUAAUAAAACUGAACUUUCCGUCCAGAUAAAGCAGGGAAACCAUCCUAUCAUGCACACCACAUCUUGUUUGCCAUUGUUGCUAACAUAGUGCUAAGCAUUAAGACAUUUCACUGAGAGCAGUAUCUGCUCUAACUAUGAUUUGAACAAUAGGGUUUCCCUGACUUAUCCACAUAGGAGGUUCAGUUUUAAUGAUUACUUUGUGUAAAUAAUUGAAAAUGUUUAUUAUUUCACUAUGGGACAUAAAUGGGGAUUUUUUUUGUGCACAAAAUGGGCCAGAAACAGAUCAUUAGAAAUGGGUUCAAAUACAGUCCUCUGCUACUGUUGCGUGAAAUCCUGAAGAAACCGGAGUAAAUUUGUGUGUUUAUUGAAAAAAAAGUGAUAGUGCUGCAUAACUGUAAACCAGGACUUCCAAGAAGUGGACAAUGAGAGGGGCAGCCUGCAGUUGAGAGGCUCUGUGUCAGACAUGAAGGGUUGGGUCACAGGAGUAUCACCUGUGUAUCUCAUGUUCUGUGUCAUGUAUGGCAUGCUGAUGACUCAGGAAAUGGCCCAGGAUGGCAGCUGUGGCAAGUCUCCGCCCAGUUAGCAAGAGUCAUGCUAUUGUAAGUUCAGCUGUGUAUAUAUACAGUAUAUAUGCAGAGAUUUUCAGUACGUAACAGAAACAUUUCUCUCCUUGAUCUGUCCGUAGAUUCUGGUCUAAAAUAGCACAGGGUGGCCACGUGAAGUCCCAUUAUGUUGUUUGUACAGAUAGCUCUCAUUGUGAGAUUAACGGGGGUAUACAAAAUCUUGUGGCCUUAGUGUGUUUCUGUUUUUCAUUUGCCUUUUUUCUCAGCUGUUUAUUAUUGUGGAUCAGAUGUAUUUACUAUGACGAGACAGCCUUUCAUCAUCAUGCUAUUUUUUUUAUUUUUUUUAAUUUUAGUUUAUUUUUUAUCCUAAAGCUGUCAUGGUUACAGAAUGUUGAUGGUUUCAGUGGCGCUAAAAGAAACUAACGUGUUCUCCUGUCAAGAGAGGUUGUCUUUUGAUGAUGAUAAUGAAUAUUUUGGGUCAUUGUUACCGAUUACAGUUUAACAGUACGUAAUCCUUAAGGAGCUCCUGGGAGUUUGACGGUCCUUGUGAGAAGUCAGUAGUGCUAAAUUGUUUCCCACUGCAGUGCUGUGGCUGCUCGCACGCCACAGCAGAAUCAACACUUGCUUGACUCUACUACACACUAACAAUUGCCUUUUUUAUCCAAAUAUGUGGUUGGUGUGUAAUAAUGGAUGUCUGUCAUGUCAUUGGGUUUAGCCUUAAGUAAGUGUGGAUACACAAAUAAUCAUUGUAGUACUAAAAAAAAACAUACUGUAACAGACGAUUUCUUUUACCCAUGAUGAACUUUGAUCGUAUUGUGUAACAGCAGGGAGCCAGCUGACCAGGGCCACUUUGCUGCGAAUUGAAACAGUUUCUCAAACUUGAUCUUUUCUGUGACUGGUGAGGAAGUGAUUGCAUCGUCCCAACUAUUUUGUGUAAGCCAGUAAUAUGAGUGCUGGGUGGGAGGAUUAGCCUGCUAGGCUGAACAUACAUGUACAUAUGAAGACAUCACAACUGUUCUUUGAUGCCAGAGCAAGCAACAGAAACAUCACGGUUGAUUUCACACUGAGAAGAGAACUUUGUUUUUGUUUUUUAAUUUAAAAGGAGAUAAGCUUCAGUGAAUGUGGAGGUGGAAUCCUAGAGUGCAUCUUCUCGUCUCUUAUUUCUAGGAUGUACAGAUGUUUGUGUUUGAUACAUUAGCAGAUUAUCGAGUUAAGUGAUAUUUUACCAACAGUAUUAUUGGGAAGAUUUCUUUACAAUGGUCCAUUGAUUGCAAAGCAAAGUUGUACUACGUUGUUUUAAGUGUGUACAGAGACGGGAUUCAGUUUUAAGUGUUUUGAUAAGAUAAAGUGAAACCCAGUGGCAGCAAAGGGGCCAAGUUUGAGAAAUUGAUUUGAUUUGCUGUGGAAACACUAUUCCCAAUCUGUGGAAGGGACACCGCUGGUGCGAGCACAUACUGAAAUGGCUAAAGGGCAAUACAGUAUAAAGUUGACAUCACUUGUUAAUACCUUUUUGUCUUUUAUUGUUUUUAGUAUUAUCAGUAUCAUUGUUAAAAUGCAAUAGAAUCCUUGAGUCUCAGAUAAUUUGUUUAUAAGAUUGAGGUUUAAUUUUUACAGACAGAUCUGAGGAUUUAUUUGUCUGGGAAUUUCUCAUCACAUUUUGAUGAUUGUUUCAAGGACCUUUUUUUAUUCUGAUGAAAUUGUAAACACUGGAGUGACGGGGAAAAAAAGACAAAAAGACAGAUGGAUAUUUUUUUUCCUUCAGACUGUACUAGACUUUAGGUUUUAGACAAAGCCUAUUUCUCCUCAACGUGACACAGAAGGCAGACAGAACAAUUUGGAUCAGUACAGUUGAGAGCCCAGUAUGUUUGGUAAUUUUGACAUUAGAGGCAGUAGUACCACAAGAAAAUGUUUUCUUUCUUAUACAAAGUCCCUGGUAUUUGUAGUAAAUUAUAUUGAUAAUGGUAUUAGAUGAACAACAGCAUAACAGUAGCUAUCACAGAUUAGUUGUUUUCUUUAUUAGUCUUGCAUGCAGAGUUAUGGUCCUCAGUUAAGAUAGGAUCUUGAUAUUGAUUAUUUUGUGUAGGAAAAUGAGUGCAUAAGAAUAACUUCCUAAAAAAAUGUUACAAUGAUUAUUGUAAAAUGGGCUAACUAAUAUGUACCCUUGUGAUCCAAUUAGUUUCAACUAUAUGAAAAUCAGAGGAGAGGCUUCUUACUAUUAUGCUGAAAUAAAAGAAUUUGUAAAGGA